GUUUUGAGUUCCCGUUUUCUCCCCAACGUUCACAAUGUCGCCUCCUGGUGUCGACUUGAGCCUCAAGCAGUUGGUAGAUGCUUUGACCUAUAAAACCAAGCGAUAUAAAGACACAUUGCUGAAGUUCUCCGAAUCUGAGCUAGACUCGCUUGAACGGAAACUUCAAAUAGUAGCCUCAGCAAUUCGGGGUCGAAGGAAUUCUCUGCAAGCUGUCAAUCAAUUGCCCACAGAAAUACUCUCGAUGAUCUUCCACAACGUUCAGCUCAACUUGACCAGCUUUCUCCCAGACGACACGGAUUAUUCGGACCAUGGACGAGAUUGGCAAUGUCUGUUACAUGUCUGUCGACAUUGGAGAGGAAUUAUAGCUCGGUGCCCCGGUAUGUGGAGGGUAGUGGAUAACACCAAUGUCAGUGACGUGUAUCUUCGGAGAUCGCAGUCUACACCUCUCACGGUCUACCUGGGCAUCAAAAAACCAGAUUUCCAAAACAACGUUCUCGACCUUUUACACCCCCAUCUUCCCCGCAUCCGUGAAUUCCAUAUGGCAGCCGAUGGUUUUGGAGUGGAUGCAACCACUACCACAGCAGGUUCUACACUCUACUCGUGUCCUCUUCUCACGUCACCCGCGCCCUCAUUGCAAAGUCUGUCCAUCGGUACAUAUGGUAAAGAUCCAGCUGUGGCCGGUGGUGUCCUACCACAGUUGUUCCACAGUCAGACGCCUCGGUUGACGCAACUCGAUCUCGAAUAUUUCACCUCGUGGCCCAGCAAUCAUUUUCACAAUCUCACCCACAUUUGUCUCUCAUACCAAGACGAAUCAACACGUCCAACUACCUCUACUUUUCUCGAUUUCCUUGAAGCCUCGUCACAAACCCUGGAAGAACUUGCUCUAGUACGAGCAGGUCCCACAUUGGACGAUUCGGACGACGUUCCUCCCAGUCCGAAUCGAGCAAAGGUUCAUUUACCCAAGUUGCGAGAAAUGAACCUGGGUGAAUGGCCGACCCCUUCACCUCUCGGUAGAUUCCUUUCGACUCUUAUCAUACCCUCGACCACGGAUUUGUACAUCUGGGGGUCUGUUCUCUCAGAUCCCUUUGCAGAUCUCUCCUCCGUGAUACCUAUAGACACGUCCGACCUUGGAAAUUUCCAAAACAUUAAGAGGUGGUUUUUAACGCACUUUUUCGCCUCUCAAGUGGGUGAACUUCUUUACACACCUUUUCUCGCAGUCGUUGGUGGCGGAAGUGAAUCCGGACCGGCGCUACAUACUUAUGGUCCAUUUCAACCCUCGCGACUCCUCGAGACCCUUCCGAGAUUCCCGUUACAAGACGUCAAGACGUUCGUAGUAAGGGAUAGCUCCUUACAGACAAAUCGGUUCUCGACAAGCGCAUGGAAAGAGAUUUUAGACAAGAUGGAUAAGUUGGAAGAGUUGAGAAUCUUGGCGUUCCAGUCAGUGGGAACGACGAGAGGUGUCCUUGGAGCAUUGAUGCCGAAAGGCACAGAAGGCAGUGGGGUUGGGGAUGGAGAUGAGAACCAAGACCAGAGCCAGAGCCAGGACCAAUGUCAGAACCAUUUAGUGCCUCCCAGUAAUCAUAUACGUGGUUCGACUCCAACCACGAAGUCGCCGUCCAUGAAAUCUUCCUCGUCCUCCGCUCCCAUUACUCCUAUUUGUCCCAAACUGAGAUAUCUGACUAUCGAGCACGAUGCCGAUCUAGCUUCUAUAUUCAUCGCCAAGCUUGUUCGGGCUCGAAGGAGAGCCGGUUCAUGUCUUGAGAAACUGAAAGUGUUGGUUCUUGAUCCUCGUGGGCCUGGGGGAAGAAGAUCGAGUGUCGAUUCGGAUGGUUCUUCCCUCUCACCACCACCACUUCCACAUACCAAUCCUCCCACGACAUCGAAUCACCUACAGAUAUAUACACAUCCACCACCACCGGCACCUCCACCCACAGACGACGACUCGGAGACAGAACAUGAAUACCGUGUUCGAUCUGACGAGUCUUAUGAGUUAUUACGCUCUUGCUUAGACUCGGAGGAUUAUCCAGGAUAUAAUCGGAGUAAGUGGGAAGUGGAAUUCGUACAUGGAACCCCUCUGUCGAGAGAUCUGGUUCCGAGUGGCUGGCCGACGAAUGUUUGGAUAAGGACUGGUGGGGCAGCGGGUUGAUUGAAUGUUAUAUAUAAUGGAUAGUAUACCCAGAGAAUGUCUUUAUCGUGUCAUUUAUUUUUGUAUGGUAAAGAGGCUCAGGAAGUGAAGCCUUUCCUGAACCUGAGUAUUUCCGUG